AUGCUUCUUUGUUUCUUUUUUCUGCAUAAAUGCAAGAAUAACGGAACAGAAAAUUUUAUGGCAGAAAAGGAAGAGAAGGACAUUUCGCACGAGAUGAGAAGUGUGCGAGUUCCAUCAAGAAAGAUGAAAAUGAUAAAGGAGGAGUGGAUGAAGAUAUACACACCAGUUGUAGUGCAGUGCAAUCUUCAAAUAAGAAUGAAUUUGGCAACACAGAGCAUAGAUAUUAGAACGUGUAAAGAGACACUUAGCCCUGUAGCCAUACAGAGGGCUGAAGAAUUUAUCAGUGCAGUUACGCUUGGGUUCUCUCCAGAGGAUGCACUUUCCAUUCUGAGAGACGACACGCUCUAUGUAAACUGCUUCUCCAUUGAAGAUGUAAGAAUACUGAGACAUCACCACAUAGGCAGAGCCAUUGGAAGAGUUGCUGGUACAAAGGGAAAGAUCAAGAACAAUCUGGAGCUAAUCACACAGACACGCAUUGUUAUAGAGGACAAGAACAUCCGUGUGCUUGGAACUGCAGAGAGCAUUGCGCUGGUGAGAACAGCAGUAAGUAAGCUGAUCAUGGGGUCACAGCCAGCAAAGGUCUGCGCGGACUUAAGAAUGAUUUCAAAGAAAGUGCAAGAAAGGCUCUAG